AUGGGAGCGGACAAGGAGCUUUACAAGCUCGAGCUUCUGUCGCUUGUCUCGCGAGUGGCUCAGGAGCUGUUCAACCACACUAAGCUCCAGGACAAAAGUCUCGCCGAGUUUGUCAUCGCGAGCAAGAAUGUCGACGAGUUCACAAAGAAGCUGAAAGAGAUUGGCGCCGACUUCCCCGAGUCUUUCAUCAAGAACCUCGACCGCCUGAUCGCGACGAUGCACCCGAAGUACAAGCGCAAGGCCGCGAAGGCCAAAGCCAAGGCUGCUGCAGGCAAGGGCAAGAGCGAUGUCGGCGAGAGUAACGAUGAGAAGGCGAUUAAGGCGCGCAAGUUCCCUGGACUCUCGAUGCCGGAUCAGGAGAUGAAGCCCGAGGACACCUACCUCGGGGGCCGCGAGGGUAAGGACGCGCGAGAUGUCGACCACGAUUUCUCCCUCGACAACACGAUGGCCGAGCUGGAGAAGGCGGCUUCUCGGCGGAACCGACCUGCGGCGGACGACUUCAUGGAUGGCGAGCCCAGUGGAAAGCGAAUGCGGUACGACGAUCGCGACAGCGGCUACGACCGCCGGGGACGAGACCGCUACGAUGACCGAAGACGGGACCGCGACGAUGACGCCGGCUACGGUAUCAGGGAUAACGGCUGGGCGGGACGCGGCGGACGACCUGCGCCGCCGGAAGAGCGAAGAGGGCGAUCUGGACUUGACGACGCCCCUGUGCUGUACAAGAUUUACAACGGUACCGUCACGGGUGUGCGCGACUUCGGAGCUUUCGUCCGCCUCGAUGGCGUUGCGGGCAACCAGGAGGGUCUGGUCCACGUGUCGAACAUCACGGGUGCCCGACUCGAAACCGCGAGCGAAGGCGUGCGGAGAAACCAGCGCGUCAAGGUCAAGGUCAUUUCGGUGGCGGGCAACAAGUUCGGUCUCAGCAUGAAGGACGUCAAUCAGGAGACGGGAGAGGACAACACGCCGCAUCUGCGUGUCAAGUCUCGGGAGGAGAUGGAGGCUGAGCAGCGCAGGAUGGCGGCGCGCGUCGGUACCGGUGCCAAUGCUGCGCCCCUUCACUCUUCCUCUAUGCCGAUGGACCAGAAGCGCAGCGCCAAGCGGUUAACCAGCCCUGAGCGUUUCGAGAUCAAGCAGCUCAUCGCUUCCGGUGCUGUUAGCGCCGCGGACUACCCGGAUCUCGACGACGACUUCAAUGCCUCAAACAACAACCCGGAGAUUGACGAGGACGUUGACAUCGAGGUGGCCGAGAAGGAGCCGGCGUUCCUUGCUGGCCAGACCAAAAUCACGCUUGACAUCUCACCAGUCAAGAUCGUGAAGGCGCCGGACGGAUCGCUCAACCGAGCAGCCCUCGCCGGAGGGCAGCUCGCGAAGGAGAGAGCCGAGAUGCGCCGCAUGGAAGCCAACGAGCAGGCGGACAAGGAGGCUAAGAACCUGGCCACUCCGUGGUUGGAUCCAAUGGCUCAGGCUUCCGAUCGACAGUUCGCCGCCGACCUGCGCACAAACCAGCAGGGACAGCGUCAGCAGCAGGUGCCUGCGUGGAAGAAGGCGAACAAGUCGACGACGUUUGGCAAGAUCACGACGAUGAGUAUUGCAGAGCAGCGUCGCUCCCUGCCCGUCUACAAGCUGCGUGACCAGCUCGUGAAGGCUGUCCGCGAGAACCAGAUUCUCGUUGUUGUCGGUGACACGGGAUCUGGAAAGACGACUCAGAUUGCGCAAUACCUCGCCGAGGACGGCCUACUGGAGCACGGCAAGCUCGGAUGUACGCAGCCCCGUCGUGUCGCCGCUGUCUCCGUCGCGAAGCGUGUGUCUGAGGAGGUAGGAUGCCGCCUCGGUUCGGAGGUCGGUUACACUGUCCGUUUCGAAGACGUCACAUCUCCGGAGACGAAGAUCAAGUUCAUGACAGAUGGUAUGCUUCUGCGUGAGCUCCUCAUCGACCCCGACAUGUCUCGAUACUCCGUCAUCAUGCUUGACGAGGCGCACGAGCGCACGAUCGCCACUGAUGUCCUCUUCGGUCUCAUGAAGAAGGCAUGCAAGCGCCGCCCGGACCUCAAGCUGAUCUGUACGUCAGCCACGCUUGACGCCGAGAAGUUCGCGACGUACUUCUGGGGCUGCCCCAUUUUCACCAUCCCGGGGCGAACAUUCCCCGUCGAGAUCCUCUAUACGAAGGAUCCUGAGCCCGACUACCUGGAGGCUUCGCUCAUUACCAUUCUCCAGAUCCACCUGAUGGAGCCGCCAGGAGACAUUCUCCUCUUCCUGACUGGUCAAGAAGAGAUCGACACGGCAUGCGAGGUGUUGUACGAACGAGUGAAGGCGCUAGGACCACAAGUGCCGGAGCUCAUCAUUCUUCCCGUCUACGCUGCGCUGCCAUCAGAGAUGCAGUCCAAGAUCUUCGACCCGCCGCCUCCCGGUGCGCGUAAGUGUGUCAUCGCCACCAACAUUGCGGAGACGAGUAUCACGAUCGACGGUAUCUACUACGUCAUCGACCCCGGAUUCUCUAAGCAGAACGCCUACGACCCCAAGCUCGGUAUGGACUCGCUCAUUGUCACUCCCAUCUCUCAGGCGCAGGCUCGUCAGCGUUCAGGACGUGCCGGACGAACGGGCCCCGGCAAGUGCUACCGCCUGUACACGGAAAUUGCGUACCGUAACGAGAUGCUGCCGAACCCGAUUCCCGAGAUUCAACGUACGAACCUCGCGUCCACCAUUCUUACCCUCAAGGCGAUGGGUAUUAACGACCUGAUUAACUUCGACUUCAUGGACCCUCCGCCAGCGGCAACCAUGUUGACAGCGCUUGAGCAGCUGUACGCUCUCGGUGCCCUUGACGACGAGGGUCUCCUUACUCGCGUCGGUCGCAAGAUGGCCGAUUUCCCUCUCGACCCGUCGCUGUGUAAGGUGUUGAUCAAGUCUGUCGAUUACGGUUGUUCUGAGGAGGUUCUCACCAUUGUGUCCAUGCUUCAGGCCGGAGGCCAGAUCUUCUACCGCCCGAAGGACAAGCAGCAGCAGGCGGACGCGAAGAAGGCAAAGUUCCACCAGCCUGAGGGAGACCUGCUCACUCUCCUGGCGGUGUACAACGGCUGGAAGGCGUCCAAGUUCAGCAACCCGUGGUGCUUCGAGAACUUUGUGCACACGCGUGCGCUCAAGACGGCGCAGAACGUACGCAAACAGCUUGUCGGUAUCAUGGACCGGUACAAGCACGACCUCGUGUCGUGCGGCACCAACUACAAUCGCGUGCGCAUGGCGAUUUGCUCUGGCUUCUUCCGGAAUGCAGCGAAGAAGGACCCAGUCGAAGGAUACAAGACGCUCGUCGAGGGUACGCCUGUGUCGAUUCAUCCGUCGUCCGCCCUGUUCCAGCGUCCGCCGGAGUGGUGCAUCUACUACGAGUUGAUUCUUACGAGCAAGGAGUAUAUGUCCCAGGUGACCGUGAUCGAGCCGAAGUGGCUGUCCGAGGUCGCGCCAACGUUCUUCAAGGUCGCGGACCAGAACCGGAUCUCGAAGCGCAAGCAGAAGGAGAAAAUCGAACCGCUGUUCGACCGCUUCGCAGAGAGCAAAGACUCGUGGCGUCUCAGCAAGCAGAAGCGGCCGAUCAAGAACUCGCAGACGUUCGGCUCUUAG